AUGACGGAAGCAUUCACAGAAACGACAGCUGAAUACGCUUAUGAUGAACAUGCUUUUUCCUGCAAUAAGACUGACAUCCAAGAAUUUGGAAAAAUAUUUCUGCCAAUAUUUUACAUUGCAGUGUUUGCUGUUGGCCUCACAGGGAACUUAAUGGUGGUUUUUGCCAUUGUGAAAGAAGGCAGUAAAAAAAGCAUCACUGACAUCUAUCUCCUGAACUUGGCUAUCUCAGACCUUCUCUUUGUGAUCUCCCUCCCCUUCUGGGCCUCCAACACAGUGCGUGGAUGGACCCUCGGGACUAUUCCAUGCACAGCUGUUUCCUCACUGUAUUACAUCGGUUUCUUUGGGGGCAUGUUCUUUAUCACUGUUAUCAGUAUUGACAGAUACCUGGCCAUUGUCCGGGCGACAUAUUCUCUGAAAUCCAGAACAGUGAAACAUGGCUCUCUCAUAACCUGUGGAGUAUGGGCAAUAGCGAUUUUAGUUUCAGUGCCACAUUUUGUGUUCUCCCAGCUGGUAGAAAACGACUGCAUUUCUGUCUUCCCCCAGGAGCUGGAGAACAUCUGGCUGGUGUUCUGCAAUGUGGAGCUGAACACCAUCGGCUUUUUCAUCCCAGUCUGUAUCAUAUGCUGUUGCUACUGUGGGAUCAUCAAAACCCUGCUGUCCUGCAAAAAUCAGAAAAAAACACGAGCCAUAAAACUGAUCUUGGUUGUCGUGGUCGUGUUUGUUCUGUUUUGGUCCCCCUACAAUGUACUGAUUUUUCUAGAGACUUUAAAGCACUAUGAGUUAUUCACAAGUUGCAACCAAAUUAAAUCAUUGGACUACGCAAUGCACCUGACCGAAACCAUUGCAUUCAGUCACUGUUGUCUCAAUCCUCUCAUCUAUGCCUUUGCUGCGGAAAGAUUCAGGAAAUACCUCUAUCAUGUCUGCUUAAAGUACUGUCCAUUCCUGUGUUUCUGUGGCCCCUGCAGUCGCUAUCAGGUCACCUAUUUAGCUAGCUAUGCAGAAAGCGCCGUGAACAGCAACAUAACCCUGAACACCAGUGACCAGGAUGGCUCUGUCUUCCUCUAA